AUGGCAUUUCAGCACCAAGCCGGAACGGCUAUGGAAUGUCUUAGUAUACCUAUAACACUUCAAAAAGAAGCUGGUGUUGACGCUGAAGGUCGGGAAGUGAUGAAAUGCGGAUUCAAAAUAGGUGGAGGAAUUGAUCAAGAUUACCGUAAAAGCCCCCAAGGAUACACAGAUAAUGGGAUUUAUGUAACUGAAGUACAUGAAGGAAGUCCUGCUGCAAAAUCAGGGUUAAGGAUGCAUGAUAAAAUCCUCCAAUGCAAUGGGUAUGAUUUUACGAUGGUUACACACAAAAAGGCGGUCAGUUAUAUAAAGAAACAUCCUGUCCUAAAUCUCCUAGUAGCGAGGAAAGGUGUGACAUCUACA